AGGAUUUUCACACACCUGCUUUUUCUUAGACACAUAUUUAUAAUCUGUGGCAGCCUUUUGAAAAGACACAACUGUGGAAACAAUCAAUUAGGUUUUGGGGGAUAAACUCAUGGAUCUGCUCUGCUGAGUGUCAUUGUUUGACCCAAUGUACAUUGUCCCUGAAUGAACUUGCCUUUGGGAAUACAUGUUACUUACACACUGCGUAGCAACAGCACAGCAGCAACCAGUGACAGGAUUUGGCACAGUUUCAACAGCGAGAUGUGAUGGGGGAGAGCAGUUGCAGCUCUCUGAUCCUCUGAUCCCCUCUCCCCCUCACUGGUGGUCGAGGACACCUCCUCUCAGUCAAUGGGCCCUGUAUGGAUUUCGUGCCUGAGUUGACUGAGGGCAGGCCUACAGCGUCAAACAGCAGUCAGGCUGCCAUGAACCCAUACGGCAGAGCGAGAAGCACAGCAGCCCCCCUGUCCUGCACCAGCUGUGGGGGCUGCUGCUCCCCGCCUCCCCCUUGCCUCAUCCCCCCUGGGCCCCCCUCCUCUACUACCUCCUCCUCCUCGUCCAUGCCCCCAAAUAUGACCCCUCCACCGCCAAUGUGUCCUGCCCCGAUCGUGCAAGUGGAGAAUGGCAGCAGCUGGAACUCCUCUACUAUCUCCUCCUCUGGCUCCCCAGACUCCCACCCCGGCCACCGCUGUGGGGCCACCAACCCCAACGCCUACUGGACAGCAGUGUUCGACUAUGAGGCUACAGCAGAUGAGGAGUUAACCCUGCGGCGCGGGGACCUUCUCGAGGUUCUCUCCAAAGACUCCAAGGUGUCAGGGGAUGAGGGUUGGUGGACAGGCAAGAUCCAGGACAAGGUGGGUAUCUUUCCAAGCAACUACGUCACAAAGGGGGACGCUGCCAGCUACCAGCAGCUGACAGCAGGGGGGCUGGUGGCAGGAGGGGUGGGUGACUGCCCCGUGGAGAUAGACUUCUCUGAACUGCUCCUGGAGGAGGUAAUUGGAGCUGGUGGGUUUGGGAAAGUGUACAAAGGAGUGUGGCGGCGAGAAGAAGUAGCAGUUAAGGCCGCCAGGCAAGACCCUGAUGAGGAUAUUAGCGUCACAGCAGAGAGUGUUCGGCAGGAGGCCAGGCUGUUCUGGAUGCUCCGGCACCCCAAUAUAAUCUCUCUCCGUGGGGUCUGCCUGCGGGAGCCCAACCUGUGCUUAGUGAUGGAGUACGCCAGAGGGGGGGCUCUGAAUCGGGCCCUGGCUGGAAAGAAGGUACCCCCACGGGUUCUGGUGAACUGGGCUGUCCAGAUAGCUACAGGGAUGGACUACCUGCACAACCAGGCAUUUGUACCCAUCAUCCACAGAGACCUAAAGUCCAGCAAUAUCCUCAUUCUGGAGCCGGUGGAGCGGGACGACCUAAGCGGUAAAACACUGAAGAUCACAGACUUCGGCCUGGCCAGAGAAUGGCACCAGACCACCAAGAUGAGCGCCGCGGGCACCUACGCCUGGAUGGCCCCCGAAGUCAUCAAGCUGUCCCUCUUCUCCAAGAGCAGCGAUGUGUGGAGUUUUGGUGUGUUACUGUGGGAGCUGCUGACCGGUGAGGUUCCCUACAGAGAGAUCGAUGCGUUGGCAGUAGCAUACGGUGUUGCCAUGAACAAGCUAACACUCCCCAUUCCUUCAACCUGCCCUGAACCUUUUGCUCAGCUGCUGGGAGAGUGCUGGAGCCCCAACCCCCAUAGCAGGCCCUCCUUCACCAGCAUCCUGCGGCGACUGCUGGCCAUUGAGCAGUCGGCCAUGUUCCAGAUGCCCCUGGAGUCUUUCCACUCCUUACAAGAGGACUGGAGGCUAGAGAUCCAGCAGAUGUUUGACGAGCUGCGGGCCAAAGAAAAGGAGCUAAGAUCUUGGGAGGAGGCGUUGGCCCGAGCAGCCGAGGAACAGAGGGAGCAGGAGGAGCAGCUGAGGAGGAGGGAGCAAGAGCUGGCAGAGAGAGAGAUUGACAUCGUGGAGCGAGAGCUGAACAUCAUCAUUCACCAGAUGUACCAGGAGAAACCCAGUGUCAAGAAAAGAAAGGGACACUUCAAGAAGAGCAGACUGCUGAAGCUGGGCAGAGACAGUAACUGCAUCAGUCUGCCCUCUGGCUUCGAGCAUAAGAUCACAGUUCAAGCGUCUCCCAGCGUGGACAAGAGGAAGACCCAGAGGAGCGAGAGCACCACCCCGCCCGCCAGCCCGGGGGUCAUGCCCCGCCUGAGAGCCAUAAGAUUGACACCGAGCGAUGGCAGUAAGACGUGGGGCCGCAGUGCUGUGUGCAAGAAGGAAGACCUGUCGGCCAGUAAGAAGAAAGGACGCACCUGGGGGCCGAGCUCCACCCACCAGAAAGAGAGGGUUGGCGGGGAGGACAAACUGAAAUCACUGGCUGAGGGAUCUAAAGUUUGGUCGUCCAGUGCACCAAACCUUGGCAAGUCCCCCAAACAUGCACCCAUGACCGCUGGCUUCUCCAGCCUCAAUGAAAUGGAGGAGUGCUGUGAGUUUGAGGAGUCACCAGGGUCUCUGCUGCCCUCAGAGACCAGCAGUAAUGGGGCUGCUGAGGACUCAGGGUCCCUGUGGGGCAGUCUGGGGCCUCCUGUUAGCUCCUGUCAGGGGCCCGGAGGCCUGGGGACAGGGGUGAGCUACCAGGACUCUCUCCGUCGCUGCAGCCAGAGGAAGAAGAGCGAUAUGUUGUUGUUAGGUUGUGCGUCAUUGCUCGCGUCUGUGGCUCUUGGACAAGACCUGCUGCAGCUGGGGAAACUGCAGGUGCUUCAAGAUGAGCAGGACCUCAGAGAAGAGCAGAGGAAGAAGAAGGACGGUCUGUUCCAGCGGACAGGACGUUUCCGUCGCAGCACCUCUCCACCCAGCCGAAACCUCUCCCUCUCCCUCUCCAGACACCAUGAUUCAGCCCUCCCCUGCUUAGAUCCCUCUCCCUCCGUCACACUCCUCUCUUUGUCCUCUCUGUCUGACUGCAACUCCACAAAGUCCCUCCUUCCCUCUGACCCAGAAGAGUAUCCCCUCACCCCGAUGACGGGGGUUAAAACACCGGCAGCACCACCAGCUUCUACCUUAAACCCACUGUUGGACCUACGGGCGGAGAGCUUCAAGAAGGAGCCCAACCAGUCACUCACACCCACCCAUGUGUCUGCAGCCAUGGCCCUGAACAGAGGACACAGACGCACCCCGUCAGAUGGAGCAAUACGGCCCCGAGCCCAAACUCUGGGACAUCACAGGACGCCGUCAGAUGGAAGCAUGCCCAUGCCUCCUCCUCCCAGGGUGGCGAGCUCUACAGCUAAUAAAGGCGCACAGGACACUCUGGACAUUCCUCGACUCCCUGAUCCCUCCACCCUCUUUCCAAUCCCUCAUCGGCGUAAAGCCCCCGCUCCACCGAUCCCUGACCCGGAUCCUCACUGCCUCAUCAGCCCCCUGGAGAGACCCAAGACGCUCGAGUUCGCCCCACGGCCUCGGCCCACCCCGGUGAAGAUGAGAGCCGACCCCUGGAAGCUGGGCUCUCUCUCCCGAACCCUGAGCUCCUCACCAGGCAGCAGCUGCGACAGCCCCCUCGGAUCUGGGGACAGCAGUGCCAGCACGGCACGGCCGAACCUGAUGGACAUGGACGUAGAGGGCCAGAGUUCGGACCAAACUGUCCCUCUGAUGCAGCCUGCCACUCUGUGUGGACAGCAGUACUCGUAGUGAGAAGCAGACGGCGAAUAUUUCCAAGUUUUUGUGUACAAACCUGUUCCCAUGACAAUAGGAGACAGUGUGGAAUACUUACUGAUGUCUGAGCCGAGCGAGUGCACUCACUGAAGUUUGUUUUGAGGCACUUAUUGGAAGCCAUCCCUCUCGUGUGCCCUUCAACCGAGUGUCCUAAUAAGCAAGGAGCCUUUCCCCUGUAGUGCUCACUUACCUGCACGACACUAAGGGUCCAUGAGGCCUCUUAAAAGCCUUGUAGUGUGCUCACCCACCUACCUUACCCACACUCUCCUUUAGGAAAAGAUCGCCUCUUUCUCCUUGUUCACUUCCUUAGCACUCCCUGACCAGGCUUCAUUUCCUUCAAGACUCACAACCCUCAAAAGCCAUUCAAGUACUCAAAAAGCCACUUUUUGACUUUGCUAACUGUUCGUUUUGAUCCAUCUGCUGUCUGUGUAACUGCUCUCAUUCCACUUAUCACACCGCACUUAUCCAAAGACCGCACAAAAACAUUCAUUCACUAUUUCACCUAAACAUUGGUUGUUUUGGGGUUGUUUUCUUGACAAGCAGAGGAGCUGUUUAAACUGUUUGAAAUUCUUAAUAGAGAGUGUCCUUGUUCUUAUUUUGCACGCCGUUUGUUCUGCCGGUGCACAAACGUCUCCCAUAAACUCUCCUUCGUCAGAGCUUUGUGCAACAUCAACUCUGCCUUCAUCCUCAUGUGUCGUCUCUCUGCAUGGGGGUCAUCGUCCUCUUCCCUCCGAGACUGAGACAGGAAAAAGCCUUUUCUCACAGCACUGGUGGACUGGUUAUUAUCCUCAGCCUUGUACAGUAAAAACAGAGUUUUAUUUUCUCAGUGCUCGCACCAUCCCUGCUGUAACCUCUUAGCAAAAAAGAUGUUUUUUCUAUUGGUUUGGCAGACCAGGUGUGUUUUUUUCUUUGUGUGAAUGUGUAUAUAUAACUGAACAAAAUGGGUUCAUUUUUGCGUGCUGGUGCUUUUUAAGUGCAUGUCAUUUUAUGUGUGAAUGGUUCGCUGUACGAUACAGGCAGUACUUCGUCGAAAUAAGUCCACAGGUCGCUACACAUCAGUUUGUCUUCUUCAUGUUUCGAUAAAAACAUUCCUCACUAGCAUUCAGUAGCACUCUGAAUGGAUCUCUGAGAUGGACACAAAAAGGAAAGGAAGGAUAAAAUGCUACCUGAUCUCCAUAAAACAACUUCAACCUCAUGCUCAUCUAGGACUGUUUGGAUCUCCUCCCCUCACCUGCUGUAUUCAACAUCAGUGGCACUUUAGGAGCCAUGUUGUGCAACUAGUUAGUCUCUCUGAGGACGAUUGGACUCGGCACAUAGCGCUCUAGUCACAGCUGACAAAUCAACUUUCAUCUCCGGAGUUGUUUUCGUACAGUGGACGGUUAACUUGCAGAUGGUAUUUACUUGACUGUGCAAAUUUCUCUAAGUGAGCGUGUGUGAGUGUGUGUGAGUGUGUGUGUGUGAAUAUGCGUGUGUGUGUGUAUUAUUAUUUGUAUGGGAUGAAGACAAUCCCAUACAUGUUAGAAGAGUGAGUCCAAACUCAUUCUCCUCGUGUGGUUAAGAACACUGAGUAUUUAUUAAAUUUAUUGUUAUUAUUGGAAAGGAUUAAUUAUUGUUACGACGCUCUUCCUGGGAUAUCUGUAUAUAUUUGUUUAAUAUAACAGGAAAACCAAGGAAACGACUUACUGAAACGUCCAUGUUGUCUCCAGUCUCAACCUGUGACUUUUCUGGGUUAAAUGAGGAGUAAGUGUGAUAUGUGAUGAAUGAUUGCCCUGAGAGACAAAUAAAAAACAAAGAAAG